AUGCUCGCCCCCUCAUCGCCCAUUGCAUUUCCGCCCAGCUCGUCGCCCGUCAACGGCAAGCGAUUGCGCGAUUCCGACGCGCCCAAACCAGCCAAGCCGCGCGUUCUCGCAGGCUUCAUUGCCGACGAUGACUCGGAUAACGAUGACACCACCGACCAGCCGUCCCCCAAGCGGAGGAUGCUGCAACAGGACACACAAGACACCCAGCUAGACGUUGGAUCCAGUUCAGAGGCUGUGGAGGAGUCGGUUGAGACUCAACCUGCCGCCCAGGAGGUCCUUUCCACCCCGCCCGACAGCCAGCUGAACGAGGAGUCGGAGGAAGAAGCGGAACGUUACCAACGUCUUUUUGGGACGCAGAGUGCGCAUCAAUUGCCCGCACUUACGAUCGACGAGCCGUCUGCGUACCGCAUCUCGACAUGUUCCGGGAAAUCUGUCCCCAUCCGGGAACGCAAAGCCACAAAGGCUGUGUCUUACGCAACGAUGGUAGCAGCGCGCUCGCGAACCAAGGAAGGCCGCGCAAGCAAGAGCUACUAUGGCAUUGCCAUUCACGAACUUAUCGACGACGCGAACAAGCAACUCGCCCAAGCACGGAAGGAGUCCACAACAGCGCCAGUCACGCCACCCUCGAAUCCAGACCAACCCGUCCGCUCGGUAGAGGGCCGACACACCAACCUCAAGAAGCCCAGGCGCACCAUGCUCUGGACCGAGAAAUACCGCGCCCGUACAUUCAUGGACCUCGUCGGGGACGAUCUGACCAACCGCCAAGUCCUCCGCUGGCUGAAGCGGUGGGAUCCCAUAGUGUUUCCACACGCGGCCAAAAGCAGACCUGCUGCAGCCAGGAGACACGCGCAGCAGCAGCAGGGGGGUCAGCAGCAGCCGGAGGAGGAGAAACCGCAUCGCAAGAUCCUGAUGCUCCACGGGCCGCCCGGUCUCGGCAAGACCACCCUCGCCCACGUAUGCGCCAGGCAGGCGGGCUACGAGGUCAUGGAGAUUAACGCCAGUGAUGAGCGAAGCAAGGACGUCGUCAGGGGCAGGAUCAGAACGAGUUUGGGGACCGAGUCUGUCAAGAAUGUGGAGAAUAAGAAGGCGGAGCCGGGAAAGCAGCAGAAGAUUGCCCGUCCCGUGUGCGUGGUUGUUGAUGAGGUGGAUGGGGUUGUGGGCGGGUCGGGAGGGUCGGGGGAGGGUGGCUUCGUCAAGGCCCUAAUCGACCUUGUCCUGCUCGACCAACGGAACAGCUCAGGCAGCGCGGCAUCGUCGGGUACCGGACGAAGGAAGAAGAACAAGGAUGAUUUCAGGCAGAUGCGGCCGUUGAUCCUCGUUUGCAAUGACGUGUACCACCCCUCGUUGCGCCCCUUGCGGCAGUCCGGACUGGCAGAGAUCAUCCAUGUCGGGAAACCGUCUCUGGAGGCGGUCGUUGCCCGACUCAAGGCCGUGUUCGAGAAGGAAGGCAUACCCUGCGAAAAGGACGCCGCGAGAAAGCUGUGCGAGGCUGCGUGGGGGAUGACGAGCGGCAUUGAUGCCAAGCGCGGGGCUGAGAACAACGCAGAAGGCGACCUUCGGAGUGUCAUGGUUGUGGGAGAAUGGGUUGCCGGCCGGCUGCGCGCCACUUCAAGAGACGCGACCCCGCGCCUAACUCGACAAUGGGUUGACAAAUACAUCAUCAACGACCUCACCCACGGCGGCGGCGGUGCCAGAGGCCUCGGGCGCGGCGACGCCAAGGAGAUUGUCACGCGUGUCUUCCAGGACGGCGCCGGCUUUCCGAGACAGGCCCCUGCAGCCGCCGCACAACCCAAGAACACGCCCCUUCACGAGCAGCCCAAAGCCCAGCUUGGGUUUGCCGAGCAGCAAAAGAAGUACGCCAUGGCGCGGCUACGCGAGAUGAUAGACGCGAGCGGCGAAGUCGACCGCAUCAUGACCGAGAUCUUCCUCGAAUACCCCAAUCGCGACUUCAACGACGAUUCCUUCCUGACCAAGCCCGAUCUAGCCUACGAAUGGAUGCACUUCCACGAUUCGUGCUCCUCCCGCCUCUACUCGGGCCACCAGGAGUGGGAACUGGCGCAGUACACCAGCCAGCCCAUCCUGGCCUGCCACCACCUGUUCGCCUCGCCGCGUAACCGAUACCAGCAGCACACCACUUACGAACGGAAAUGGGGCGACGCCGUAGGUGUGGACGAUGACGGCAACGCCGCACCCCUGCCCUUUUCCGGCCCACGAGCGGACUAUGCUGCGCGCGAAGCGGAGAAGGCCAACCGCGCGGCGCUGCAGGGGAUCCAGAGCCAACUACCCCCAACCUUGACGCGGGCAUUCCGCAGUCCGGAGGACAUUGCGACUGAGUUCCUCCCGUACCUCGUCCGCCUGGUCUCGCCAGACGUCAAGCCCGUCGUGGUAGGAGGCGGGAACGACAAGACCGGGUUGGUAGCGAGCGUGCGGCGCGAGGGCGAAAAGGCCAUGGUGCAGCGCGCCGCAAGGGUGCUUGCCGAAGUCGGCAUCGCGCUGCACAGGGGGAAGAUCGAGCCCGAUCCGUCUAGUUUGACGGCUGGGCCGGUUACGGUUGGCCGGACGCAGUGGGUUUAUAGAAUGGAGCCAGACAUCGAUGCCCUAUCAACCUUCGAAACUGCCUCGUUUUACACCGCCCAAGCACCAACACGCUACGCCGUCCGCCAGGUCCUGGACCAGGAACUGCAAAAGGCGCUCGCGCAGAGGGAGAAUGCUGCGCGGCAGGCGCGGUUCAGGUCUGGCGGGUUGCAUGACGCCUCCCAACAACAUUAUCACCAUGUUGGUGAUGAUGAGGACGAGAACAAGGAGAACCGGCUCCCCACUGCUGCUGCUGCUGCCUUUUCUGCUAGUACUAAUAGAGCAAUUGCGUCGUCAAAGGGUGUAAAGAGGGAUUUCUUUGGCAGGAUGAUUGUUGAGGUUGAUGAUGGGUUGUUGGGAGAGACGGAUGGGAAUGCUGGUACUGGUACUGGUAAGAGACGGAAGAGGACGGGGGGUGGGAGCCAGGGGGCGGCUGGUGGGGGUGUGUGGGUGACGUAUCAUGAGGGAUUGAAUAAUGCUGUGAGGAAGCCGAUUAGCUUGGAGGAGUUUUUGCGAGGGUUUUGA